AUGGAUGGCCAAUUAACCGAGAUGGAAGAACAAGAUAUCAGAUUUAGAAAGCAAAGAGAACUAGCUAUGAAACUAGUCAAAGUCAAACACUAUGCAGAUAUGUUUCCAGAACAUACAAAUCCAGGUACAACCCACUAUAAGAAACCUGUGCACGACCACUUACACAAGGGAAGACCAGUUAAGGAAUUAACUGUUCCAAUGAAGAGAAAUGCCGGUAGAAACAAUACGGGCCAAAUCACAGUCAGAGGACUUGGUGGUGGCCACAAGAGAAGAGUGAGAAUCCUUGACUUUCAUAGACUUGAAGCAGGAAGGAACCAAGUUGUGAGAAUUGAGUAUGAUCCAAACAGAUCGGGCCACAUUGCACUUUUGAAACACAUGGAAACUGGCAAUUUGUCAUACAUUGUUGCACCUCAAGGUCUUCGUGGUGGCGAUAUUGUCGAAAGUUUUAGACAAGGUAUUCCAAAAGAUUUCAUGGAAGAAAUGGAUAGAACAAAUAACGGAGAAAUCGAUGAAGCUUUGUUAUCGGCAAGAAUCUUGCAAAGAGGUAAUUGUUUGCCGUUGAGAAUGAUCCCCGUUGGAUCCAUCAUACACUGCAUUGGAUUAAACUCGCAGCGAAGAGCUCAGUUGGUACGUGCUGCUGGUACAUUUGGUAAGAUUUUGGGUAAAGACCAAGAGAGGCAAUUGGCCAUCAUCAAAUUGUGCAGUGGAGAACAAAGGUAUAUCUCAUUGGACUGUCACGCUACUUUGGGUGUUGUCUCAAACAAAGAGCACCAAUUGAUCUCAUGGGGUAAAGCCGGUAGAAGACGUUAUUUGGGUAAAAGACCCGUGGUAAGAGGUAUGGCAAUGAACGCCAAGGAUCACCCUCAUGGUGGUGGUAGAGGUAAGUCCAAAUCCAACAAGUUUACCCAAUCUAUGUGGGGACAAUUGAAAUUCACAAAGACAAGAAUGCGUCCAAAUCCAAUGUGUAUUAAGAAUAGAAAGGGUAGAGUUAUUAGGCAUAAGAAGUAG